AUGUUGCGAUGUAAGCCGUUGGCGGUAUUGUGCCAACGCGGUCUGGCCUCAAGCGUGACCAAUGUCCCUGUUUCUCAGGCGCGUCCAAUAAGAUCGGAGGUGCCAAAGGGAAUCGCGAAGACAGGCACCCCGUUUACCGAAACUGAAAACGCUGCAGAAUAUGCAUUGGCAAGAAUCGAUGAUGUCAUCAACUUUGCUCAAAGGGGGUCUUUGUGGCCACUUACUUUUGGCCUAGCUUGCUGCGCCGUGGAAAUGAUGCAUUUUGCUGCCCCCAGAUACGAUAUGGAUAGAUAUGGUGUAGUGUUCCGUGCGUCACCCAGACAGGUAUGAGGGUUUUUUUGUUGUCUUUUCUUUAGAUAAUUAUCACGGGAAUUUAUUACAGGCCGAUCUGAUUUUCGUGGCCGGCACUGUGACCAACAAGAUGGCACCCGCUUUAAGAAGGGUUUAUGAUCAAAUGCCAGAAAACAAGUGGGUGAUCAGUAUGGGAUCGUGUGCAAAUGGAGGUGGUUAUUAUCACUAUGCCUACUCAGUUUUGCGAGGAUGUGAUCGGGUAAUCCCAGUCGAUAUUUACGUUCCUGGAUGUCCCCCGACGGCGGAGGCUCUCUUAUAUGGUGUUCUCCAGCUCCAGAAGAAGAUUAAACGACGUCGAAAUGCCCAGCUUUGGUACCGUCGAUAA